AAGGGCCAGGACAUCGGUUACGAAGCGCUGAGGUUCCACGGAAUAAACCAGGAUCAUGCCGGCCAAACCUGCGCCUAUAAAGAAGGCACCGAAGGGCAAGAAGGCAGAGCCGCCUCCGGCUGCCAAGCCGGCUCCCGCCCCCGAACCGGCUCCUGCCCCCGAGCCCGCUCCUGCCGAGGCCGCGCCCGCGCCCGCGCCCGCCCCCGCUCCUGCCCCCGAAGCAGCGGUUCCGGCCGAAGCGGCUCCCCCGCCUGCUGCCGAAGCUCCGGCUCCAGCUGCCCCGGUGCAAGAAGCGAAAGCCCCGACACCGCCUCCGCCGGAAGUGCCAACAAGUGCUCCGCUGAAUCUGACAGUGGAAGAUGUCAACGAUACUUCGGUUACUGUUAAAUGGAGGCCACCGGAGACUAUUGGUGACUCUGGCCUCGAUGGGUACACUGUGGAAUAUUGCAAAGACCAAACAACUGACUGGGUGGUAGCAAAUAAAGAGCUCACAGCAUCAUGCCGCUAUGCAAUCAAGAAUCUGACGACCGGGGACCUCCUGCACCUGCGUGUGGUGGCAGUGAACCCAGGUGGUCGCAGUCCACCUGCCACGCUGGCAGAACCCGUGAAAAUUCGUGAGGUCGUAGAUCGUCCUAAAAUACGACUACCCCGUUUCCUGCGAACGAGGUACGUCAGACAAGUUGACGAACAGGUCAACCUCGUCAUUCCUUUCCAAGGAAAACCCAAACCUGUGGUGACUUGGUCCAAGGAUGGAAAACCCUUGGAUCCAAAAAAGGCUAAUGUGCGCAGUACUGAGAGAGACAGUAUCUUGUUCAUCCGCAAGGCUGAAAGAGAGGAUUCUGGGAAGUAUGAGAUGUGUUUGAAGGUUGAUAGUUUUGAGGACAAGGUCACUAUCGUUCUUCAGAUUGUUGAGCUGCCAGGUCCUCCAACCAGCAUCAAGUUGGUGGAUACCUGGGGUUUCAAUGCUGCCCUGGAAUGGACUCCACCCAAGGACAGUGGAAAUACAGAAAUCACGGGCUACACAGUCCAGAAGGCCGACAAAAAGACUGGGGCGUGGUUCACAGUUCUGGAGCAUUACCACAGGCUAAAUGCCACCGUCUCGGACCUCAUCAUGGGCAAUUCCUACUACUUCCGCAUUUUUUCUGAGAAUAAGGUUGGCCGGAGUGAUGCAGCAGCAGUGACAAAGACACCAGCCCAAAUUCAGAAAACAGGCAUUGUCUACAAGCCCUCCGAGUACAAGGAACAUGAUUUCAGCGAGGCCCCUAAGUUUACUACUCCCCUGGUUGACAGAUCCACCACUGCUGGUUUCUCCAUCAGGCUGCUGUGUGCCGUCCGUGGGUUCCCCAAACCUAAGAUUGAGUGGAUGAAGAACAAAAUGAUCAUUGGCGAUGACCCCAAGUACAGGCAGCUCAACAAUCAGGGUGUCUGUUCUCUGGAGAUUCGCAAGCCAAGCAGCUUUGAUGGGGGGGUGUACACCUGCAGGGCUAAGAAUGCUUUUGGGGAAGCUUCUGUGGCCUGCAAGCUGGAGAUCAAACAGGUUAUGAUGCCAGAAAAAUAAAUCCACGUGCAUCCAUUCACAGGAAAUUUAUGAAGGUGUUCAAUGCUGAUGUUAAAAGGAGGAGAAGAUCACUCAAUGACUUUCUCAAGACAAUACCAGUGACAGUACUUUGUUUCUGUAAGGAAAAUUACAUCACUGUCAAUCCUGUCUGGAGGAUCUUCUACAAUACCAUUCUGUGUCCAAAUAAUGAGAAACUGCUUUCUGUAAAAAUAAUUAUUUGUUCAUUUAUUUAUCUUCAUAUAGCUCUUCCUGUCAGUAUUGUAUAUUGUACGUCGGAACAUUUCUGUGUUUAAUAAAUGAUUGAACCAACAGGA